GCUACACAGUGGCAGAGUGCGUAUGUGUGUUGUUGUGCGCGCGUCGCGAGCCAUGCAUGGCGCAUCAUCAGCAGCAGCAGCAACAGAGCGUCGUCGACACACGCACCGAUAUAUACUACUACAGCUCGUGGAAGAUAAUUAAUUGUACAUAUUGAAACGAGUGAGAGAUCGAUAACUCGCGUAACUAACGAACUCCGUUUGUGUUCCGAUAGAAAAUUUAAAUAUCUCUCGCAACUCGCUGAAAAUUGUGUAGCCGCGAAAUGCGAAUGCGCGAGAGCAGCAGCUCGUGAUAUAUAUCAGCAACAACGUGCGCGCGCGCGCGUCCGUGUGUGUAUACAUACAUAGGUAUGGUCGUAUAGAGAUAUUUAUUGCUCGAAUCGAGAUAGAGUGUCUAGCGCAGCGAGCAGCAUCGCGUGUGCGUUCAGUGGCUGACUCGUUGUUUCAUCGUCAUCAGCGCAGCUCGCAUCUCCUCUAAUUCCUGAAACUCGCGCUUGCGACCUCGCGGUUGUUGUUGUUGUUGUUGUUGUAUACCUGUGAACGACAAUUAUACUCUCUCUCUCUCUCCCCGCUGGGCAUUACAAAUACAUGUGCUACUGCUGCCAUGUAGCGUGUGUCUUCGGAGCGAGUCAUCCUCGCUGAGAGAGCAACGAAGAAGAAUCUCGCGCUUGUGUGUGUGUCUGUGUGCGUGUGCGCGCGUUGUAUCGUAUAUCGAGACGCGCAUGCAGUGGCUCGCUCGUCGACGCGAUCAGCUGUGCUGCCACUGCUGCAGCUCUGCACACCAACAUCAUCGUCGUCGUCGUCGCACACACAUAGAGAGGCGCCUAUUACGCAAAAGAAGCAUUUAAUUCUUAGUGCGCAUUGUGUCGUCAGCAACAAAGACGAGACGAGGCCAGCAGCAGCAGCAGCAGCGUCUCGAGCGAGGAGUAGGAUGCUGUUAUAUAGUCGAUCCGCGGAUCAGCGUUAGGUCGUGCAGACGACGUUUCAUACGUACACACACACACACACGGAGUUUGGAGCUGCAACCGUAGAUAUCUAAGUUACAGCUCGUGCAGUUUUUAGUGCGUUCGUAUAUAUUGCGAGUCUCUCGUGUCGCGCGUGUGUGCCAGUGUAUAUAUACAUAUACGUGCUACUCUACUGCCUCAUGCUACCGCUGGUGUUGCAAUCGUAGCAGAAGAAACGAGCGAGAGAGAGAGAGAGAGAGAAGAGAGAAGCCCGUGUGCAGCCGGAUCGAGCUUUGGUGCCUCGCUGCUGUUGCGGCGGCGACGAAGACGACGACGUCUCGGACUCGGACUCGUUCUUCGCUCCGGCACUGCCGCUGCCGCUGAUAGUUUCGUAGGUAGUUCAUCGGCAGUAGUAGUGAACUCGCAGUGCCGUCGAGAGUGUACCCGAGAGAAACAAGUCUCCGAAAUCAACGUGGAUCGCUACGUUGAGGAAGACGAGGACGACGACGGCGACGAAGAAGACGAAGGGGAGUUCGGUUGGCACGCAGCAGCGUUGACGACGACGACGACGACGAGGUCAGGCAGCGCGGUGGCUCGCAACAUAGUAGGGGCCCCCCGCGCUAUCUAUCCUCCUCACUCGCGCGCCACACAAAGCAGCCAAGCUGGACAAACUACCCGAGUAUCUCCGCGACACCGUCGACUGGUUUAUGGGUUUCAGUGCGCCUCGCUCGAUCUGCCGCACAAGUUAAUGUAUAGCAUGUACGAUGUCCAGACACGUUGAGGCAGAAGCAGCAGCAGCAGCAGCUACUACAGCCGCCAGCGGCGUCUCUGCCGGACCGUGCCGAUAAUUACCAUAGACCAAAGUACAUAGAGACAGGAUAAAACGGGGAUAUAUACACAGAGAGAAAGUCGAUAUCACUCAUUGUCAUAGGAAAUCGAGGAUAAAUAAUUGCGAGAAAGAAAGAAAAAAAGAAAUAAAUUGAAAAAUAAGUAAGAGAGCGAGGCGAGACUUAUAUUACAAAAUACGACGAUCAUGCUGAGAUCGUCGGGCGGCCGGGGGACGAUCCUGUCGUCGCACAGCUCGUCGUCCUCGUCGGCGUCGGCCCCAGCGACGCCGGUCCACGGCCACGGCCAUCAUCCACAUCACCAGCACGCGGCGAGCGGCUGCAGCGGCAGCGGCGGCUCGUCGCGCUUAUCGCUCCUCGACACCUGCCAUCGAAAAAUACGCGCCUUCAGCGAGCUCGUCGCAAAAGCCCGACGAAAGGAAAAAGAUGCGGGAACAACGGAAGAUCCGAAACUGUAUCUCGAGGAGGCUGCCCUCGAGCGACAGCUGUCCGACGUGGACAUGAAGGUGCUCGUCGACCUGCCGUCGGGCAUCGAUUACAACGAGUGGCUCGCCUCGCACACCAUCGCACUCUUCGAGAACAUCAAUCUGCUCUACGGGGCGAUAUCGGAGUUCUGCACGCCGGUCGGCUGCCCGGACAUGACGGGGCCCGGCUUCAGGACGUAUCUGUGGUUCGACGAGAAGGGCAAAAAGACAAAAGUGGCGGCGCCUCAAUAUAUCGACUACGUCAUGACGUUCACGCAGAGGACCGUCAGCGACGAGGCCCAAUUUCCCACUAAAUAUGCCAACGAAUUUCCCAGCUCGUUCGAGUCGAUAGUGCGCAAGAUCCUGCGACUGCUUUACCACGUGAUAGCGCACAUCUACCACAAUCACUUUCGCGAGGUGACGCAGCUCGGGCUGCACGUGCACCUCAACUGCGUCUUCGCCCAUCUCAGUCUUCUCAAUCAGCGCUUCAACCUGAUCGACGCCAAGGAGACGGAGAUACUCCACGACUUGGAGGCUGCUCUGCUCGGGCCAUUUUCAGUAGGUUCAAGCGAUGCUGCUACCUCGAACAAUAGCAAUAGUAGUAGCGGUGGUCAGCAGCAGCAGCAGCAGCAGAGCGGCAAGCUGGACCAACAGCAGCAGCAAGCAGCAGCCAACUCGUCGAUUACUUCGGCCGGUGGUAGUAGCGCGGCGACGUCCGAGGCUACCACGACGACGAUGUCCAGCACAUAGAUCUCUACUCCUCCUCCUCCUCCUCUUCUCGGGUCAUUGUUCCCAGAGAGAGAGAUGAGCGGCGCUUGGACGUUGCCGCCCGCAGUUCCUUCAAAUUAGAUGUUUAUAUCCACACACAAGACACACGAGCCUCGACACUAUACAAUUCACGUGGACACAUACGCGUACAUGAUACACCGACAGACAGACACGCAUGCAUACGUAUACACUUACAUUUACACACAUGCUCCACGAAUGUUGUCUUUCUCUCCUUGUUCUCCGCCUUUUUAUCUCGUCGAUUGCCCCCCGACGAAAUUUGCCUCAACGGAGAAAAAACACACAACAACAACACAAAAAAAAAAGAAAAGAAAAACCAAUUCACUUGCGGGACGCGUGCGAGAGAUUUCGUGCGCUGUUACUAUACACUUUUUAACAUCGGACAGAUGUCGAGACUCUGUGUUUUUCUCGCUGUAAAUAAAAGAUGAAGACAGUGUGAUCAAUAAUACUGUUGUAUACUGUAAUUUAUAAUAUAAGAAGAGAGAAAGAUAGCAUCGCAUUAAGAAAAAAAAAGUAACUAAUUCUCUACUAGGAACAAAGAAUUCUAUGAAAGAUACAAAAAAACAAAUAAAGUAAAGAAACAGAAUUGAAGGAAAAAAACACAACAUACAAAUGUAGUACCUGUAAAUAGCUAAUCACGAUGCAAGAAAAAAAAAGAGUUUAAAGAAAUCUACUGUACACGAGUUGUCAAUGAUGAUUAUAAGGAUAAAUAUAUUAUUAUACAUGAAAAAAUGUAAUUAGGUUCCUUUGUUUAAUUUUGUGCGCGCGUGUGUGUAACUGCGUGCGUGCGUGGAAUGAAUGACGACGAUCUCGUGUCUGUUUGUAUGCUUGUUAUGGUCAAUAAUGCAGUAUAACAAUUGUACAUAAUUUUUCUGUGAGAGUGAGAGAAAAAAAAACAUGUAUGUUAGGCGAAAGAGAAUACCAAGCUCGAGCGAUUAUACAUAAAAAAAA